CCAAUCAGGACGUGGCUGCGCUUGGCGGGGCAAGAAACCGACAGGGAGGGGCGCCGCCUCCCUCUCCCUCAUUCUCUUUCCCGCGCUUUUCCAACUGCUGUUUGUUAUCCCCAUUUUGUGCCGGAGGGGUUUGCCUCAGACGGCCCGCGUUUAGGGGCGACGUUGGAGAAAAUGGGGGGUUGGAAAAGGGUCUUCCCGGGCGUCUAGGGUUUUGUUUUCGUUUUUUAAAGCCAAAACUGAUUUAUUUCACUUGCCCUCAGAUUUCAAACAGGGAAAUCCACUAACGUUGUCGUUUUUGGACUGAAUGUACACAAUUCCCUUUUUCUGGGUUUCUCUCCUGACUGAAAAACACCCUGUUGGAAGGAAGUUUAGGCACCAAAACUGGCCCACAUGCAGUUUAUUACGUUAAUUUCGCGAUUUCUUUAAAAACUGGGAUCGAUAUUUAUGCAUUAAGGCAGCUAGGAUUCCACAUUUUAUGGCUUUCUUCUCUUCCUUCAUCUCUUUAAAAAGAUCCUGCUACUUUACCUGUACAUUAUGGCCUUAGGAGCCAGUAAUGGGACAUUUAGGGUUUUUCUCUUAAUAGCCUCUUUUUACCACAUUUUAGCUAAUAGAAUAAAGGAUCAGGCUCAAUUUAAAUGGCUGGAAAAGUUUCAUGCAGAAUCUGUGAAAGAGUGGCAACUUCACCCAGAUGUUGUUAUUAUACUGCAAAAGCGAUCAGAGGCACCGUUUGGGUUUUAUAUGACCCAGGCUGUCCAAGAAUCUAAUGAUCUGAAGUGCAUGAUUCUGAGUGAUUUGCAGCCCAUCAGUCCAGAGAUGUUAGCAUGGCAGAAAAAGAAGCACCAGAUACCUAACAAGACAGACAGAAACUCUUUCAAGAAAAGAAAGGCAGAAUUUUUUGAGUUUGUGAGGAGGGCAGAGCCACGUCCUAUAUACAGACAGCUCUCCGCUGUCAGAAAGUUAGUUAAAAGCAGCCAGAGAACAUUGUUGAAAAGACUGAAGCGAAGCCUUUUCCGUUCACGUACUAAUGAAAACAAUUUGGAGGAGACAUAUCUGAGCAACAUGUUAAAAACAAAGGAGCAGAAAACAAUAGACAGCAGGUAUACAAGAAAAUUCCCAGAGAAAAGAGAAGCAGAAGCUGCAGACACCCUAUCAGGCCACACUGUUCAUUUUACAAUAACGGCUUUACAAACUCAAGAGAGAUUAUCAGAAAUGGUAGACCGUUUAUCAGAUCCGUCCAAUUCCAUGCCCAAAGAAGAAAGACUCGCCUAUAUGCGUGAGCUCCUAAAUGAAUUAAAUAUGCUUAUGAAGCUGUUGCAAAAGCGGAUACAGCUGCAGUCUCCAAAUGAAACCAGCACUUUGACCACCACUUUCCCUCCAGCAGCUUAAGAGACCUCUCUAAUAUUGCUGGAUUUUAAGUUUGAAAAGUUGUGGGAUUCAGAGUGUUUCUUUUCCAGAAGCAUGUCACCAUUUCAGUUCAACAACAAUCCUGCCGUAGUAUUAUACAACAAGAAUAAUUUAGUUCUAUAUAGCUUUGGCUGAAUUGAAACGUGUAUUCUGUCCAUAUCCCACACUGCUUAUUUGCAUGUUUUAAAAUUAGUCAUUUCACAAAUAACAUAG